CCUUGGAAAAUGUUUGUUUUCUCCCGUUUUCCCAGGAAAACAUUGGUUUUUCUCCCAUUUUCCCUGGAAAACGAUGUUUUUUCUCCAUUUUCCCUGGGUAACAUUGUUUUUUCUCCCGUUUUCCCCUCAGGUGGCCAUCGCCAUYGAGGAGGUCAGUCGGUGUCACCUGAGGUUCACCUUCCGCCACCGCUCGUCCCAGGAGUCCAGGGACAGGUCGGAGCGAGCGUUCGGCGUGGCCUUUGUGAAGCUGAUGAACGCGGACGGGACGACGCUGCGCGACGGAAAACACAACCUCAUCGUCUACAAGGGUGACAACAAGAGAAUGGAGGAGGCGCGGAGUUACCUGAGCCUGCCCUGCACCAAAGCGGAGCUGGAGGAGCGCGAGAAGGAGGCGCCGGUGGCCCGGAACCUGCCCGGGCUGGCCACCUUCGGCCCCGGCAAGGACAGCGGCAGGGACAGCAGCAGGGACAGCUUCCAGAUCGCCACGGCCAUCUGCUCCACCAAACUCACCCAGAACGGCUGGGAGGGUGAAUUCCCCUCUCCCACCCUGGAUCUCCUCCUUUCCCCGCAGUUCCUGCCGGACACGCUGGACGCGCUGUUCAACAUCAUGAUGGAGAUGUCGGAGAACGAAACCUUCGAUUUCCUGGUGUUCGACGCCCUGAACGAGGACGGUAACGAAUUCAACGAUGCCAUUCGCCGCCUCUUCCUCUCCUUCAACGUCCUCAUGGACCGGCCCCUGGAGGAGGCGGUCAAGAUCAAGGUCAGCUCCAGAAAAAUCCCGAUUUUCCCUUGGAUGGGUUGGGAAGGGGAUGGGGCGGGGGAAGGAAUGAGAGAAUUGUUCAGGAAUUCGUUCUCCUCCGCUGUUCCCGCGCUGUGA